AUGUCGCGUGAAAAGCCAGUACCGUAUUCUACGCGUGUUCCUGAUGGGGUAGUUCCAGGGAGAUCAAUUAUCAUUAAAGGCAUGGUCACAGCAGAUGACAGAUUUGCGAUCAACCUCAAAUCUGGGGAGGAAUUUGGCUUCCAUUUUAAUCCUCGUCCAAGCCAAGGCUGUGUGGUGAUGAACCAUUGUCAAGGUGGAUGGGGACCGGAAGAGAGGAUUGACGGGAGCAUGUUUCAGGCUGGUCAACCUUUUGAAAUCUGUAUACAUGUGCAGCCCAAUGAGUACCUGGUAUUUAUCAACCAGAAUCCUGAUCCUCACUACUUUAACAUCAGAUUGUUCCCACUUGAAAAGUACGACGAGUUACACAUUGACGGUUCAGUAGAGAUCAAUGAGAUUACAUAUGCUUAA